AUGAUUUGUCUAGUAUUUAUGACAGUGUCACUAAAUCUUAUUGGAACUCUCUAGAAAGAACUUUAAAUAAAAACAAUAGAUGAAUAUUAAGAAUACUUCAAUAACUAAAUUAAAAAGCUCUCAGAUUACAUUGAAGUUAGAUACUAAUUGGAAAAAGGACUUCAUACAGUUGUAGUAAAGGACAUCGAUUAAGAAUAGGAAACAAUUCUCAAUGUACCAGCUAGAUUUGUUUCCUCUUUCUAUGAUCAUAUGCAUGAUAAUUCAAAAUGGGAGUUGUUUGAAAUCGUUAGGGAAGUUUGGGAAUAAUAAGGUAGGACUGAAAUCUUUGAACUUCAAGGAAUUAUGAUAGCACUUUUACAGCAAGAUCUAUAUAAUAAGUAUGUAAAAAAUUGGAGUAAUUCAACCAAUGAAGAUGAUAUUUUCAUGUGGCAUUACCUUACAUAUCUCAAACAUGUCUUGAUUCUUGAUGACCUGGGAUUGUGGAAUGAGGAGCAAACGCUUUUUUAUCAAUAGGUUACUCUUGAUAGAAUGGAAGAUGACUUGAAUCGGAAGCAGCUUUUUAAUGAAAUUACUCAGUAACUUAGAGAGCGAUAUAGAGAUGAUGAAAAUAAACAUAAAUUAGAUGACUUUAUGCAAACAAUGGGAAGCUUCGAGGAUUUCACUAUCUGGAUGAGUGCAGUUUGCUCAAGAUCACAUUCUAUCUAGCUAGAAGUCUAUUUGGAAAUUAAGGGAGAUCAAAAAGAGGAUCAAAAAUUAAGAGAAGAGAAGGCUUAAAAAUUUGAAUAAAUUUUUGGAAUCCAUGUAUUAGCACUUCAACCAAUUCUUGAUCUGACUAAUCACUAUACUAAAGAAUUAGGCAAAAGUGAUAUAGAUAUUUAUCUUACAGAUGGAAUAAAAGGAUCAACCAUUAAAGAUAGUUAUUUUACUUACACCGCUGACUCAGCUUUCUAAGUGGGAGAGGAAUUUGUUUACACAUAUAUGUCUCAUGACUAAACUCAAAUAAAGCUAUUCAAGCAUUAUGGAAUGGUACUCAGUAACAACGUUGAUUCUUACUAUGAGUUCAGUAUAAAUGAUCCUAAAAGAUAGCUAAAUAAGGAGUUAUCACAGUUGUGUAGUUCAACUUUUGAAUGCUUUGAAGAAGUUAAUCUUGAUAAACAACAUCUGAGUUAUAAAUUCAGGUUGAACUUAUAUGACAUAAGCUAACCUUUUUAUAACUUCCUAAGAUUUCUUAAUAUUUAGCAAGACCCUAAUUAUGAUUUGUAAAAUGUAAUAACCAGUUUAAAUAAAGAUGGUUUCAUCUCAUAUGAAAACGAGCAGAUAGUUUUCCUUUAAGCAUUCUAGAUUUUAUAAUAAGAAUAUGAAAGAAGAUUAACAAUAGAAGAAUUAAAUCAGAGAGUCAUGAUUUUGGAGUAGACUUAGGGGGUGUGGUAGAAUGAUAGUUUGAGAAGACAAAUGCUAACAUAUAAAGUUCUAAUAUAGACAUAACAAGUCAUUCUCACUAACAUGAACUUGGCAGUUUAUUAUGAAACUCAAAUGAUUUUAAGAUAAGCUAUAGAAAGCCAAGUAUAUUGA